AUGGCACGACACCUCUCUGGCGAUUCCGUCUCCUUAUACACGGCCAUCUGCAAGCCCGGAAGACAUGGAGCUGGUACCGUUCGUUUCAGGAGAGGUAGCUACUGCUGCUGCAAGAUGGAGCGUAGUAUUCGAGUGCAGCCCAGGCAUUUGAGACGUAUAUCGGCGAUGGCUUCCGUUUAUGUUUUCAGAUGGAACGCAAGUUCACCUCAUUACAAACCGCCAGGAGAUGGCCACGCAAAACCCCCCGAACGGGUGUUGACAGCUCGCUCUAAUGGGAGCUACUCUCCCGCACAGGCAGUUGGACUCGCUUCCAAAUAA